AUGCAAUUCACAACACUCGACGCACAGCCUCGUCUGGCCCAAGACAGCUUCGAUGACAUAAAUCCCAAGGACUUCUUUGACCAGCAACCCAAGUCUAAGCGUCCACGAACCGCUGAUAUCCUCCUUGAUGAGCAGCUUCCACAAGGUCUUAUCAGCCCUGGUGAGUCAGCAGACCUCGCAGGAGACUUCUUCUCAGUCAAGGGGGAGCUUGACUCAGACCAUGACUCUCUUCCCGAGGACAUCUAUGAGACCGAAGAGGAGAGGCGACAACACUGGUACGUUGGUAGUAUCGACCAGGGCACAACAUCAACUCGAUUCCUUAUCUUCAAUGGCCAUGGCGAACCUGUUGCUAGCCAUCAGAUGGAAUUCAAGAACCAUUACCCUAACUCCGGAUGGCACGAGCAUGACCCUAUGGAGCUCCUUGAGUCUGUAGAGACAUGUAUCGAGAAGGCCACAGAAAAGUUCAUCGCCCAGGGUCACUCGGCUAACGACAUUCGCUCCAUUGGACUCACAAACCAGCGUGAAACCACCAUCCUCUGGGACAGCACCACUGGCGAGGCCCUAUACAAUGCCGUCGUCUGGCCUGACACUCGCACUUCUGCCCUUGUCCGUGAGCUCAAGAACAAGCCUGGCGCUGAGAAGCUCCAGGAAACCUGUGGCCUGCCACUGUCUACCUACCCCUCAAGUGUCAAGCUUCUCUGGGUCCUCCAGAAUGUGGACUCCGUCCGGCAGGCCUAUGAUGAAGGCCGACUAUGUUUCGGCACUGUUGACUCAUGGCUCAUCUACAAGCUCAAUGGUGGAAAGGAUCGUGAGGGUGGACCCAUAUUCGUCACUGAUGCAACCAACGCCAGCCGCACUAUGUUCAUGAACAUCAAGACCCUCAACUACGACGAUGAGCUUCUCAAGUUCUUCGAUGUUGACCGCAGCAAGAUUGCUCUGCCCAAGAUUGUUCCUUCCUCUGACCCUACUGCUUACGGGUCCCUCGCUCGUGGAAUUCUCAAGGGUAAACCUAUCGCCGGCUGCUUGGGUGAUCAGUCAUCUGCCCUUGUCGGCCAGUGCGGUUUCCAACCUGGCCAGGCCAAGAGCACAUACGGCACGGGCUGCUUCCUCCUUUACAACGUUGGCAAUGAGCCAGUCAUCUCCAAGACUGGUCUCCUCGCGACCGUUGCAUACGACUUUGGAAAGGGUCGCAAGCCCGUCUACGCUCUUGAGGGUAGUGUCGCUGUUGCUGGCUCCGGUGUCACAUUCCUUCAGAACAACCUGGGCAUUAUCAAUUCUCCCGCAGAGGUGGAUACUGUUGCGCGAUCUGUCCCUGACAACGGUGGUGUUACAUUUGUGACAGCUUUUAGUGGCCUCUUCGCCCCCUACUGGAUUGACGACGCCAAGGGCACCCUUUUCGGAGUCACUCAGCACACCAAUAAGGGGCAUAUUGUGCGAGCCACUCUCGAAGCAACCUGCCAUCAAACUGCCGCCAUUCUCGACGCCAUGGCAUCCGACUCUGGACAUGAUUUGGACAUUCUCGCAGUUGAUGGUGGUCUCUCCAACUCAGACCUUUGCAUGCAGACACAAGCCGACCUCAGCGGUGUGCCAGUCGACCGUCCCGCCAUGCGCGAGACAACGGCACUGGGCGCUGCUAUCGCAGCAGGUCUCGCUACUGGAGUCUGGGACGAGCUUGAGGAUCUUCGCGAAGUCAACCGAAAGAACCGCACCGUCUUCCGCCCUCAGGCUGAUCAAAAGUCAGUCCGCCGAUCACGAAAGAGGUGGGAGCGAGCUGUUGAGAUGAGCCGAGGAUGGCUCCAGGAGGAUGAAGAUGAUGAAUAA